ACAAGGCUUCAUAAACCUCCUCUAGCUCCUUUUUCCAAUGGGGAUCCAGUUAGCGAAGUUUUACAGAGAGUUACAGGUCCUUCUCUCCGAAAUCUUGGACACUUUAUAAAACAAUAAUUGCAUUCAUCAUGUUAUGCCACAUAACUCGCCCGGACUCGGUUGUCCUGGAAGUGAAUGUGGAUACAAAAGCGAACGGAGAAGAAAUUCUCAAUAAGGUUUGUCAGAAGAUGGGAAUCAUAGAGGUUGAUUAUUUUGGUCUCCAGUUCACCGGUUCAAAGGGAGAAAUUUUGUGGUUAAAUCUCAGAAACCGGAUAUCUCAACAAGUAGACACCCUGUCUCCCUGCAAACUGAGGCUGCGAGUCAAGUUCUUUGUUGAGCCCCAUCUUAUUCUGCAAGAGCAAACAAGACAUUUGUUUCUGAUGCAUGUGAAGGAGGAACUUUUUAAAGGAAGUUUGCGGUUGGACAAAGAGCAAGCAAUAGAGCUCUGUGCGUUAUUAGCUCAGGCAGAGUUUGGAGAUUACAACCAUAACACUGCCAAGUACUGCUACUCCCAGAUUUAUGGUCAAGACCCAAGCCAUGACACCAUUAACAACAUUUAUAUGAAACAUAAAGAAUUGGAGGGUGUUAGUCAGACUUCAGCAGAAUAUCAAGCCCUGCAGAUGGUUUCCUCCCUCAGCUACUACGGAGUGGAGUGGCACUCCGCCCGUGACUCUGAAGGAAAGGAGCUGAUCAUUGGUGUUGGGCCAGAAGGCCUGUUUGUCUGCAAAACAGAUUUUAUUCUUGUUGAAAGAAUCAUAUAUCCGGUCAUACAAAUGGCCACUCAGACAGGAAGGAACGUAUAUGUCACCAUCACAAAAGACAAUGGGGACAGUGCGGUACUCCUCUUUAAAUUCAUCAGUCCUAAUGCUGCCAAUGGAUUAUACCGUGCUAUCACAGAGAUCCACACAUUCUACAGGUGUGAUACGGUAAUGAGCACAGUGAAGAUGCAAUAUAGUCGAGACUUCAAGGGUCACCUGGCUUCUCUCUUCCUCAACGAAAGCAUUGAUCUUGGUAAAAGGUACAUCUUCGAUAUCCAGCGCACAUCCAAGGAAGUGUACGACCGUUCCCGGCGUGCCCUGUUCAAUGCAAGGAUGGCUGUGACUGAAUGUGGGGGCCCGAGAGACAUUUGCGCUCCAUGUCCCUCACCGCAGGCUGAGACGGAGGAGAAGACAUGUGUUGGCUGCAGAGAAACUUUUGUAUUGAAGGAGAAACUUCAAAGGCUACGAGACGCCCUGACCUGCGCUUUGUGCUGUGAACAGGAAAUCAGUGCUGCAUUCUGUCCUUGUGGACAUAUGUUCUGCUGUUACAACUGUGCCAGCCAACUCCAGUAUUGCCCAGUGUGCCGCUCAAGGGUCGACCAUGUUCAGCACGUCUAUUUACCCACCUGUGCCAGUCUACUUACCCUGGCAGAGGUAAAAACUACCUGCACUGUAUCCAGAGGGACUUCUGCCACAGAGGAUUAGCUAUAAAGCAAAGACCUAACAAAUGUAAGAAAAAAAAACCUAUGCACACUGCACACGGACCGAUACACUGUUGGACAAAGACUUUUUUUUAAAAUGUAGAAAUAGUGAGUGAAUCUGGCUCUCAGUACCUUGAGAAUAAUGACUCAACUCUCAGUACUCCGACAUUCUUCAAACAACAGAAAAAAUGUAUGACAGAAUCCAAAAAUAUUUUGGAUUUUGGUCUGUGCAUUCUUGUUAUUUAACUGCUAAGCAUUGUGGUAUUUUAUACAUUAUGCAGCUAGGCAUAAAAAUGCAUUAACAAACAUUUAUUCAUGAGGAAAUAAAUGAAACAGAUGUGGGCAAAACAGUCAUAAAGUAUUUAGUGCUCAAAUACGGCAAAUACCUAUAAAUACUACUUUUAUUUAAACUGUGAACCAGAAAAUAUCAUAUAGUUAUAUAAGUAUUUCUCAAAUCAAGGAUUUAUUUCAUAUUUAAUUCAUAUUUUCAGACAUUUAUAAGUUGAUUUUGUGGUACAUUCUGCAACAUAACACUCCACAACAACCAUAUCUUUCAGCUUAAAGAUAAUUAUUUUACAUUUGUCUGCGAGUGUGUACAGCCGUGACCAAAACGUUUGAGAAUUACACAAAUGUAAAUUUUUCACAAAGUCUGCUGUCUUAGUUUUUAUGAUGGUAAUUUGCAUAUACUCCAAAAUGUUAUGAAGAUAGAUUGCAAUCAAUUGCAAAGUCCCUCUUUGACAUGAAAAUUAAACCCCCUUUACAAAAAAUAUCCUCUGUUUACUGUGGUUACCUGCAAUGAAAUGUGCAGUCAUCAUUGCUUUGCACAAAAAGGGAUUCACAGGCAAGGAUAUUGCUGCUAAGAUUGCACCUUAACCAACUAUUUAUCAGAUCAUCAAGAACUUCAAGGAGAGAGUUUCAAUCGUUGUGAAGAACGCUUCAGGGUACCCAAAAAGUCCAAUGCUUUUUCCAGCAUAACGGAAAACCUUGCCAUAAGGCAAAAGUGAUAACUAAGUGGCUCGGGGAACUGAACAUUGAACUUUUGGAUCCAUGGCCAGGAAACUCCUCAGACCUUAAUCUUAUUAAGAACUGGUCAAUCCUCAAGAGGUGGGUGGACAAACAAAAACCAACAAAUUUGACAAACUCCAGGCAUUGAUUAUGCAAGAAUGGACCAUCAUCAGUCGGGAUGUGGUCCAGAAGUUGAUUGAAAGGUUCAGUGGAUGUUAUAAGCUAUGAAAUUUUCUAUCACAAAAUACUUUUUAAAUGAUGUCAUGUAUUUUAUCAGUUUUAGCUUUGAAAUAAAAAUCUUUCAAAGACCAGGAAUGUUUGUCCUGGG